UUAAUUACCUACCAAUUUUCAUUUUUGAUGAUUAUGAAUUGAAAGCUUAAUCAAUUCGAUUGUUUUAAUUAAUCAUGUGAAAAACUGAAAAUAAAUCGUUAAACCACCAAACGUCGAUGUUAUGAAUCAAUCACCGCUGGAAAUCGGAGAAAGCCGUUACGUAAUAACCGAAUCAAACGCCGAUAAUCUCAUAACCGACCGUACCACGCAUCAUCGAAUGCAAACGAAAAAAAAAACACCUCCUGGCCAUCGGACCAUAAAUCAGACGGACAAAACAACGAGGAAACCGGCGCAAUAUAAAAUGAAUCCUAAAAAUGCACAGACCAGUACUGCCACCACAGUCCUCAGCACCAUGAGAGUCCUGGUGCUCCUCGCAUGCCUGUGCAUCACCGUCGGUUUCAACUCCGCGAGAACAGUAGGCGGCGAUGACGAAACCGCGAUAGUCCCGGCAGAUUCAGCUGUGGCCGAGUCGAAACACGGCCACUCGAGCCACCACGAGUCCGGCGGCGGCCACGAGGGCCACGAGCACCACAGCGCCAGCCACGGCGAGAAGGGCGACAAGGGCUACAAGUCCGACCACCACCACGACAAGGCCGAGCACGGCAAGCACGGCAAACACCACCACGCGGGCCACCACGAAGAGAAGGGCGGCCACCACAAGGGCCACCACGACGAGGCUGGCCACGAGGGCGAGCACCACGCCUCCGGAAAAAGCCACAAGGGCGGCAAGUUCGGCGAGAAGAAGGGCCACAAGAAGGGCCAGAAGACCACCGGGUACCACCACAAGUCGCACAAGGACGAUUAUCACAAGGAGCACAAGUUCUACGACGACUAUCACAAGGGCGGGCACCAUUCGAAGCACGGAGAUUUCCACGGGCAUCACGGGGGCAAGUCCGGCCAUCACAAGAAGGGCGGGUCUCACAAGAGCGGGUACCAUGACGAUCACCACGGGAAGAAGGGGCAUGCGGACAAGGGGCACUACGACGAGGACCACAAAGGGUUCAAGGGACACGGGGGGCACGAGAGCCACCACUCGCAUCACUCGGACUACGGGAAGAAGGGGGGACACAAGGGAGGGAAGGAGUACGGUUUUGCUAGCGGCAAGCAUUAGUUUUUUGCUUUCCACGUGUUUAACUUUGAUGGCUGUAUGUAGAACUGAUACUUUUUGUUAAGUUUUGAUUGUUGAAGGUAAUAUACUUACUAUUAUU